AUGGCCACCCCUAAAACUAAUGAGAAGAUUGUUUAUGAAGUAUGUGUUCCUUUCAGGUGCGUUCCCAUUCAGCAGAUCCCAGGGGGAGAUGAGACGACGGCACUUCAAUUUACCUUCUACAACGAAGUAGCUCGAAUACCUGCUCUUAUCAAUACAACUGUUGCUACGCACCAGGCCAUUCAAAGAGUGUUCCAACAUAUUACGAAAUAUGUAAAAAACUGGAGUAAGUAUGAAGCUGAUUGGGCUUUGUGGAGCCCAGAUCGCAAGACUCAGCUGGAGCAACUCAUCAUAAAGCGGCCCAACUUGGUCUAUUUCGACGUUUAUGUUCGAGCUUAUGACAAGCUUGCGGCAGAGUUAGGUUCAAUGCCUAAAGUGCAGACUAUUGGCUUCAUUCAGCUUGACUCUGCGACAGUCAUUGAUGGACUGCGAGAGCAGGCACUGGUGCUAAGCAAGGCAUAUGCAGACACCCUUCAUGAAAUUGCGAGGAGGGAGAGUGCAGACCUGAAGAAGCUUAUAAGCGAACGACGGGAAAAUCUUGAAAUGCAGACCGAUUCUCUGGAAAAGUUCAAAGCGCUGAUGGAAUUAGUGACAACUGUUAAUGAUAGCGCCAUUGAUGCUGAAAUACGACUGAUGGAGAUGAGAGAGAUGUACAGCACUCUCCAGAGCUACGAAUACCCUCUAGUUGAAGCGGAAAAGGAGGACUUAGUAGCUCUGCCCAAAGCAUGGAAGGAACUGAGGAACUUGGCGCACCGCAAAACGCGACAACUCGCCUCCAUAAAGGAAAAGUUCGCCGGAGAAAAAAAGUUAGAGGUUGCUGCUUUCAUUGCUGAGUGCAAGAGGCUCCAGCAAAAAUUCCAAGACAUCUCCUCCUCCGUUGACAUCCCUUUAAAACAGGGACUGGAAGCAAUAAGAGGGCUGAGGGAAGAAGUUGAGGACUUCAAACAACGGGCCGCUGAACUUAAUAAUGCUGAAGACUUGUUUUCGCUUCCAGUUACUGAAUUCAAUAUUUUAGAUAAGCUUGAGGCUGACCUCAACCUGCAAUACCAGAUAUUUUCUCUCUACGCCGAUCAUGAUGCGAUGGUUCAAGAAUGGGCAACUCAGCUCUGGGCGAAAGUUGACUUCCAGGAAGAAAUGAAGCUGGAGAAAGAUAUCGCCAAAAUUGAGUCUUCCUGGAGACAACAAACCAUUGAGAUCGCAAGGUAUAAGAAUGACGCCAACCGCUACGUCCUGAAAUCUAACGAAGAUUUACGGAUGCUGCUAGAUGACAACCUGCUCCAGCUUCAAUCGAUGCUAAGCUCCAGAUUUGCCUCGACGGUGAUAGAGAAGAUUCGAAAGUGGGAGAAGUCUCUCAUUAUAAUUCGUGAAGUCUUCGAGGCUUGGUUACAAGUACAACGUAAAUGGAUGUAUCUCGACGGAAUUUUUACCGAGUCCAUCGAUAUUCGUUUGCAAUUACCUGAAGAAGCGAAGAAAUUUGAUGCCAUUAAUAGGCGCUUUCUGUCCAUUAUGAAACAGACAAGCGAAAAUCCAAACGUUCUGUCGGCGCUUUGUCUCGAAAAUCGACUUGGUGAAAUGAAACGUUUAGCGGCAGAGCUUGACAGUUGCCAGCGCUCCUUAUCGGACUAUCUGGAUGCCAAGAGAAUAAUGUUUCCAAGGUUUUACUUCAUAUCUGACGAAGAAUUGCUAUCAGUUCUGGGGUCAAGCGGCCAUGAGGCAGUGCAGCCAUUAAUGCUGAAGCUGUUUGACAACUGCAAGCGACUUCAAAUAAACGGUUCCGGCCAGGUAUCAGGAAUGGAAUCAGACGAAGGCGAAAGUUAUGCCUUCUAUGAGGCCGUAAUGGCGGAAGGACCCGCUGAAGAAUGGAUGACAGCAGUUGACGAAGCCAUGAAAACGUCACUUCAUGGAAUAGCAAAAAAGGGAGUAUUUAUGUACGGUUGUAAGCCCAGGCUGCAUGAUGUUUUCGCCCGUGAAUUCCUCCCUAAAUGUGCAAGCUCCACAAUUGAGGUGAAUAGCAGACUGAACAUAUUAGGCGCUGCUUUCAGGAACCAGUGGGUUACCGAGCAGCUUGGCAUGGUCGCAUGUGUAGGAUCGUGCAUCUGGUGGACUUGGCGAGUUGAAGACGCAUUUGAAAGGAUGGGAAAGGGAGAUAAAAACGCUCUCCGAGAAGAGGCGGCCGUUCAGCGCCAGCAGGUUAGCUCCUUGAUCGAAGUGGUGAGGAAGCCACUAGAGUAUAAGGCCAGGAAAAAAGUGAAUACUCUCAUCAUUCUGGACGUGCACGCUCGUGAUCUCGUGGAGCGCUUCGUCCAGAAUGCCGUUUAUAGCGCUGACAGCUUCGACUGGGAAAGCCAGUUGCGAUUUUACUGGGAUAUAUCUAUGGACGACAUUGAAAUACGGCAGUGCACAGGGAAGUUCAGAUAUGGAUAUGAAUAUCAAGGUCUCAAUGGCCACCUAGUCAUCACACCUCUCACGGACAGAUGCAUCAUGACCCUCACAACAGCUCUCACGUUUUGUUUGGGAGGCGCUCCUGCUGGUCCAGCUGGUACAGGUAAAACCGAAACUGUAAAGGACUUGGCCAAAUCUCUAGCAACCCGUUGCGUCGUCCAGAAUUGUGGGGAGGGCCUGGACUACAAAGCAAUGGGUACUAUUUUUUCAGGGCUUGUUCAGACUGGUUUUUGGGGGUGCUUUGAUGAGUUCAACCGUAUUAACCCAGAGGUGUUGUCUGUAGUAUCGGCUCAAAUCAAAGCAAUCCAAACGAGUUUGCAGAACGGGAAAGGUUCGGUAGAACUGCUGGGCAAGAUCUUAAAGUUUGUGCCCACAGUCGGGAUUUUCGUGACAAUGAACCCAGGAUAUGCAGGACGGUCGGAGCUUCCCGAUAACCUCAAGGCUCUUUUCCGCCCUGCAACAAUGACCGUACCAGACAUGGCCAUGAUAUGCGAAAUAAUGCUAAUCUCUGAAGGUUUUCAGAAUGCGAGAAUAUUAGCUAGAAAGAUGACUGUCCUGUACAGGCUGGCACUAGCCCAGUUGUCAAAACAGCACUUUUACGAUUUUCAACUGAGGGCACUGAAGGCCGUUCUCGUCAUCGCUGGAUCGAUGAAGCGCUUGACUCCAGACACCCCAGAUGAAUUGCUGCUGAUGCGAGCCCUCCGCGACAUGAACAUUCCCAAGCUUGUAAAGCCAGAUGUUCCCCUGUUUCUUGGGCUACUGAGUGAUUUAUUUCCAAGUGUCACCUGCGAGCGAACGAUGCUGCCUAGCCUCAAAGAGGCCGUUGAGCUGGAGCUUCAAAGCAAAGGAUUUAAGUGUCGCUCUAGGCGAGAGUUCGAGAACCAAGUAGAUAAAGUUGUUCAACUGCAUGAGACAAUGGAAACUAGGCAUUCCACAAUGGUUGUUGGGACAACAGGUGGAGGGAAAACAGUGAUUAUAGAAACCCUUGCAGCUGCUCAUAAAGCAGCAUUUGAUGAAGUGGUGAAGAUUCUUCCUAUAAAUCCUAAGGCCCAAGGAACUGAUGAGCUCUACGGAGUGCUUGGUAGGGUUUAUCGUAAUGAAGUGGGAACUAACAUCAUCUCGAAACAAAAUUGCGACCCAUUGAUCUGA